AUCAUUUUUUUUAACGUUCACCCCUAUCAUAUUUUUAAGACUUUUUGUUGCAGUAAUUCCUAUUAAAGGAACCUUAGUAAAGCCAUGUCAAGAUUCAGUGGAGCCUUACAGCUCACCGAUAUAGAUGACUUUAUCACGCCGUCACAGAUUUGCAUUAAACCCUUGCAAACCGUGCUCAUAGACAAGUUGACGUCGAGGACUGGAGCCAAAAUCACCGUAAAGGGAGACAGCUAUUUUGAGGAAUCUGAGAGUGGUAACCAAAAACUUCAAAAAGUAGAAAUCACUCUGCAAGACUGCCUGGCCUGCUCAGGGUGUAUAACUUCCGCCGAAGGCGUUCUGAUCAACCAGCAAAGCCUGGACGAGCUUCUCAAGGUCCUUUCUGAGAACUCAAAAAAAAAGGCGCGUGGGGAGUGCGAUAAUGUGCAUACCAUUGUGUUCACUGUGGCUACCCAGCCUUUACUGAGUUUAGCUCAUCGAUAUCAGAUGGGAGCGGAGGAUGCUGCGCGCCAUUUAACAGGAUACUUCCGCAGUUUGGGAGCCGACUAUGUUUUGUGCACCAAAGUGGCCGAUGAUCUAGCGCUGCUUGAGUGUCGUCAGGAAUUUAUGGAACGGUACCGCGAAAACAACUCCUCGACCAUGCUCACCUCUUCUUGUCCGGGGUGGGUAUGCUAUGCGGAAAAGACUCAUGGGAACUUCAUACUGCCUUUCGUUGCCACCACCCGAUCGCCGCAGCAAAUAAUGGGAGUGCUAGUGAAGCAAUACUUAGCCGACAAGCUGAAUAUUCCUGGAUCGCGCAUCUACCAUGUGACAGUGAUGCCCUGCUACGAUAAGAAGCUAGAGGCCUCUCGUGAUGACUUCUUCAGCAAACUGAACAAUGCGCAGGACGUGGACUGUGUAAUCACAUCAGUUGAGGUUGAACAGAUGUUGACCAAGCACCAGCGAGUACUGGCGGAAUACGACCCCGAUGAUCUGGACUGGCCCUGGUCUGAAAUAAGACCAGAAUUCAUGGUGUGGGCCCACGAGGCGACCCUGUCUGGUGGUUACGCAGAACACAUAUUCAAGUUCGCUGCUCGAGAGCUCUUCAACGAGGAAACACCGGAAAAGCUUGAGUUCAAACAACUUAGAAAUCGCGACUUUCGAGAAAUAAUUCUUGAAAAGAAUGGCAAGGUCGUCUUAAAAUUUGCUAUUGCCAACGGCUUCCGGAACAUACAAAACCUGGUUCAAAAACUGAAGCGUGGAAAAGGUGCACAUUACCAUUUUGUAGAGGUUAUGGCAUGUCCUUCAGGCUGUAUUAACGGAGGUGCACAGGUACGACCCAUAACCGGGCAGCAUGUUCGCGAGCUUACCCAGCAACUAGAGGAAAUGUACCAGAAGCUUCCACGAUCCCAGCCCAAAAACGCUUUAACAAAACACAUAUACAACGAUUUUCUGGACGGCUUUCAAACGGAAAAAUCCUAUAAACUGCUUCACACUAGUUACCAUGAUGUGACAACUCAGCUCAGUACAUCUCUAAAUAUUAAGUGGUGAAAGUAAAUUGCUCUGCAUUACUUUCUGUUAAAUUUACAGUCAUAGCAUAUGUUAAGUUUUUAGGAAUCAAUAUUAUUUGUUUACAUUGGUAGAUUGAUGAACUUUUUUGUGCGAGCUACAGUUUUCAGUCGGCUGAACUCCAACAAUUAGGUCGGUGGCUGGAGUUCCUAUUAUAGCUAUACUAAUGAUGGUCAAAAAAAAAAAAAUAUAAAUUGAUUAUCUUUCGUUUUAAUAUUUUAAGUUAAAAAACUAACUGCUGCGCCGAUCAGGUUGACUUUUUAAUAAACCGUUAAAAUAA